AUGGAUAAUGUUUUCGUGCGUGAAUCACACGGACUGGUGGGAUUUGUUAGGCAGCACAUUGUAGAUUGCAUGAGUGAACCGCAUGGUCGCGCGCGUAAACGGGACCGGGUAUGGAGGCGCGAAAACGAGACCUGUAUGGACGCGCGCGAGAGUGAGACCAGUAUGGACGCGCGCAAGAGUGAGACCAGUAUGGACGCGUGCGAGAGCGAGAUUUGUAUUGACGCGCGCGAAAGCGAGACCUGUAUGGAGGAUGCAAAGGCGGGACCUGUGUGA